AUGAGUGAUUCUUUAAUUCGAGAGCAAUAUUUUUACAAUGAGUAACCAAUUAUACAAGUAUUUUAGAUCAUGUGAAGUCAAUUAGAAUAUAGUAUUUUUUGCUUAGCUUGACCCAUCUACUCAAGUCCAUGUGGAAUAGUAACUCCCUAAAAUUUAGAUUUUUGAGGACGUUGAUCAUAGAACUGAUUAAAUGUCCAGAGCCAUUUAAUCUGAAAAUUAACGAAUGGAUAGAUUACAUAUUAAAAACGACAGUUCAUUCGAAGGUUAAGCAAGAAGUGGAAGUGAUGGGGAUAAUUCAAGAGAUGGAAGCUAAAAUGAUCAGAGAAAUCAGAACAAAAGUAAAUUGUUAAUUUAUUGUUGUUAGGAAAAUGUACUAAAAAACACUAAAGCAAGUUAAAUGAAUAAUUACAAUCUGAAAUUAUAGCUUAAACAAAGUGCAUUUACUCAAAUAAAAUAUAAAAUCUAGUUAAGAAAGAUGCUAAUAAUUAAUUGAUUGUAACUAAAAAAAUAAGAUAAUCGUAAUCAUAUUUAUUGAUUUGAUUUAGAAGAAGUUAGCAGAAAAUGGAAAGGAAAAAUGAAUAACAACUAAGUCUUCAUGUUGAACACAGUGAUUAGUCAUCUUCUGAAAUUCCAGAUUCAAUUAAUUAUGGCAAUUUAGAUCCAAAUAGACUCAAGUAGGUGAGGAAUAGAGAAUCUGCAAGAAAUUCAAGGGCUCGCAAGAAGAUUUAUUAUGAACUCUUGGAGAUUAGAGUCAAAGAUUUGCAGGAUGAAAAUGAUAAAUUGAGAUAAUAAUGUAACAGUUUAUAAAAGUCAAUUGAAACUUAUAAUAGACAAUAGGAUAAGGUACUUAUUACUGAAAUUAAUUAGUUCUAAGCUUUUUUAAAUUAGCAGUAGAAAUUAUUUGAAAGGUUAGAAGAAUGUAUGACACAAGGAAAGGAUGAUACUGAAAUUGAAAUUCUUUUGGAUGCAUUGAAAUACAGAACAUCUUCCAAUAAACAGGAGAGAAUUGAUGCUGCAAAAGCACAUUCAUAUUCAAUUUUGGAUGUUUCGUUGCCUUUGCAAGCAAAAUAUUUGUUCAGUAUUCUAGACGAUCGAGAUUUCUUUUCUUAAAAUUAGAAGUAUUUGUAUUGAAAAACAUUAUAGAAAUGUUUCAGAAUUUCUAAGAGAUAUAUUGAGAAAUAUAGAGAUGAAACCUGAAAACUAUAUUAAUAAUGAGAGAAUUAAAUUAAAGAUAGGGUUAUCAAAAUAAAACAUAACAGAGUAUGAAUUGUUUGCUAUUUUAGUUCAUUUAAAAAAAUCAAAGAAGAAAUUAAAGUUAUUUAAAAUGAAGCUUCAAAAAUAGACUUAUUGUGGGAGUAAUUAAAGGAGAACAUAAAGCCAAAUUUAUUAGCUUAAUUAUUAAUAUCCUUGCAUCAAGUAAUAAUGUGAUAUUCUAUUUAUUUUUAGAAUGAGUUCCGAUCUGAAUUUCAGGCUUCAACGAUUUUUAAAAAGAAUAAGGAUAAAAUAGAUCAAGGUUGUAUGCAAAUUGAGGUGUAGUAAGUGUUAUUGAGAAAACAAUUAAAAAAAUCGAAUUGA